AACAAUAAUCAAAUAUUCGAGAAAAACAGAAUAUAUCACCUCAUCCCACCGAUAAAAAAAAAGUCGAGAAGCAGAUAAAAGUAAUGGCAGGCAAUACUCAACAACAAAAACAGCAACAGCAACAGCAACAACAAAAGAACAAUGACGAAAAUAGCAGCAGCAGUGGUAGCCAGCCAGACACUUCAGCCGAAGUGCCGGUGAAAAUGAAUUCAAACAGCCCUCCCAUGGCUGUCCUGCCACUGAAUUCGAGUUCAAAACUGGACCAAGAGCCAAACCCAUUCGAACAGAGCUUCUCUGGCGCAGCAGCCGUGGUUGCCCAGAGUCCAAACAACAGCAGCACCACUUCGAGCACGACCAAAGACAAGGACAAAAACCAACCGGAGACACCCAAUAAACCGGUCUUGCCGCCAGUGGCAUCCAUCACGAGUCCAGCCCCGCACUCGCUCAUUGGCAAUGGCGUCUUGCCCAAAGAUGUUACAAACCAGUUUGCGUGGGAUAGUUUGCGCACAGGGCCCCUUUCGCCAUCCAUGCUGGCCGGCCCUACAAAGCCGACUGACAUGGCCUAUAUGGUCAAUGAUCGACAACAACAACAACAACCACAACAACAAACGACGUUUAUUCAACAACAACAACAACCUGGUUAUACAGAAUCCAAUCAUCAAGCACAACCUUAUAAUAACAGUCCAGCCAUGUUUGUCAAACAACAGAAUGGUCAUCCACAGCAACGACAACAACAACAACAACGAGCGUCACCCCGUCGACAACGACAACAGUCAUUUAAUACCGAUAAAGACAGCACUGAUGGAGGAGAGUCGAGCAGCAAAGCAGGGACUCGCCGAAAGGCAGCAGCUGCAGCAGCAGACCAAGACGACGACGACGACGAUGAUGAUGGCAAGAGUAAUAGCACAGCGAAUGGCAAGAAGAAGGCGCGUACUCGAGAAAAGACGGCCGAGGAUGAGGAGAAGCGAAAGAACUUUUUGGAACGAAACCGGAUAGCCGCACUCAAGUGUCGACAACGGAAGAAGCAAUGGCUCAACAACCUGCAACAAAAGGUGGAAAUGCUCUCCAACGAAAACGAACAGCUUCAAGUACAAGCCGAAACGAUGCGAGAGGAAAUAGUCAACUUGAAGACGCUGUUAUUAGCACACAAGGACUGUCCGGUUGCACAGAGCAAUGGAUUCACUGCUGCCAACGUGCAGAAAUCGAUACCCACAGUGAUGCCUCAACAAGUCGUUCGUCAUCCUGCAAGUGCGUCGGUUGGUAAUGGUGGUGGUCCUGUUGGGGGACCCUCCGCAGCAGCAGUAGCAGCAGCACAAGCACAAGCACAAGCACAAGCAGGUGGUCGUCCAGUGUAUGGUCAACAGCAACAACCCUAUGCUCCUGCUGAUCGACCUGGAGGAGGAGGGGCUAGUGCACCACCACCACCACCACCACCUACGUCGCAACCCAUCCAUUCAUCAGCCCCGGCUCCUUAUACGUCUUCACACCAGCAGCAGCAACAACAACAGCAGCAUUUCCAAGCACCGGUGACGAGCAUGAUGGGGUUACCGAUGCAGCCACAGACGGCACACCAUCCAGCACCACAGCAGCAAGGCAUGAUGGCUGGUGGUGGUGGUGGUGGUGGUGGCACUAGCAUUUUGCGAUUCUAACGAUAAUUAUGCUUAUAUUUUCUCAUCACAUACUUCUUUUCACUACCAUGUCGGGAACAAAUUAAAAUAGGGCUCCCCUCACUCCCUCUCUCACUCUCCCCGUCCGUAUAUUCCACACAACCUCUCUAUUCCAUGCAUACUUAUACUUUUUUUUCACACACACACACACACAUAUUGACUUGAGCUUAUUGGCUAAAGUUUUCACGGUAUAUAGCUCUUCUUCCUACUUUUUUUUCUUUCUUCUUCUUUUCUUUUCUACUUUUGCAUAC